CCGUUGUACCUUUUUUGUUUGGCAAUCAGAUAGCUAUCAGCUAUUGUAGUGGUAGUUAGAUUCAUCAGCGGGAAAUAAAAGUUAUUUUUUAAAAACCCUCGUUCGCCUCUGGCAAACAUAAUUGGGGGCUCAACCGGGAUCCCUCGUACGGUGCGUGUGUUAGAAGAAAGAGUAAUUCGGUGGCACUAAGUUAACUGUACUUACUCCAAAGCUAUUAGAAGUGUAUCGAGCAUCACCACCGCACCGGUCGCUAUCAACUGUUUGUGUGUUUGUGAGUUAUCCGCCACUUCUGUCAGCCAAGGGGAGAUAAUCGAACAUCCACGAACGAGAAGAGGAGACCAGGGCGAAGAAGUCCACUGGCACCUGCCUGGUCAAAAGAAAUAACGCCGCUUGGGCCAGAGGCCAAUAGCAGAACCGGAAGAACCAGGAGAAGGCCGAGAGUUUGGGCGCUUUCCACUAUCGAAACGUCCAAAGGUCAACAUCUAGCUUGGGAAAGCCAACCCAUCGAGAACGCCACCCCACAGCUGAAUGUUAGAAGUUCAGGACUGACCAAGAAUAAAGAUUAUUCUUAUUUUCACUAUGCAGGAUUCUAGACAUACCAUGUAAGGUAUGCGGCGACUUUUCGUCCGGCAAGCACUAUAACAUCUUCGCUUGCGACGGGUGCGCAGGCUUCUUCAAACGAAGUAUCAGAAGAAACCGGAAGUACGUUUGCAAGGCGAACGAAGAAGGUUCUUGCGUCAUAGAUAAGACGCAUCGUAAUCAAUGCAGGGCUUGCAGAUUGACGAAAUGCGAGGCAGCUGGCAUGAAUAAAGAUGCUGUUCAGCACGAAAGGGGUCCACGAACUUCCACUCUACGGCGUCAGCAAAUUUCCAACUUGUUCGAAGCUCGCGACUCAAUGUUCGUGUCUUCGACUGGAGGAGCAUUGAAUUUAGCUGUGCCCAAAGCUGUAUCGCCACUGUCCAGUAUGUCCUUGACACCACCUCUCGACAUCAGUUUUCCACAUGGUGUACCGCCACUUAGUACUCUUCCAGGAGCUUACAGCUCCAUCUUUUCUAUGCCUAAGCUUCCAUUGCCGAUGACAUCGAUGCUUCCCACGCCAGUGCUGAGUCCAGCAGUUAUCUGCGAGUCAGCUGCCAGACUUCUGUUCAUGAAUGUUCAAUGGACGAAGACCAUAACCCAGUUCACCUCUCUGCCCCUACAAGACCAGCUUCUGCUAUUGGAAGAAUCCUGGAGGGAGCUUUUCAUUCUUGGAGCAGCGCAGUUCCUGCCUAUCGCCGACCUCACCACACUAGUUUAUUCUUGUGGAGCCUUGGACAGGAUCUUCAACAAGGCAAUGUUCCUCCAGAGGGUGCAGCAGUUUGAAGAGGUCCUGAGCAAUGUCAGGCAAUUUCAACUUGACAACCAGGAGUAUGCGUGCUUAAGAGCCACAGCUCUUUUCAAGAUCUCUUUUGAAGAUACCUCCAUGGAGAUAUGUCCAGAUUCAACUAGCUCUCCAGAGCAUAAUCAACAAAAGAGCUUGACCGAUGCUGCAAGGAUCGCCAGUAUACAAGAUGACGCGCAACUGGCGCUUAAUAAAUAUAUUACAUCUGUACAUCCAGAUCAACCUUUAAGGUUUGGAAAGCUUCUGCUGUUAAUUUCUACUUUUAGAAAUGUUUCCGGGGAAACAAUUGAAGAAUUAUUCUUCAGGAGAACUAUAGGAAACAUUCCUAUAGUUAGGAUAAUGUGUGACAUGUAUAAGUCACAACCGAGUUCGACAAUAUGAUUAGCUGAUCAACUCGAAAAACCUCCAUCUUUAGUGGGUUAUCGGAAAUGCAUUAGGAACUUUUAAGCUUUGUCGCUUCUCUUUGAGACAUGCAUAGAGGCUAUAGGUGUAACUGCAUAUCAAAACCACCCCAAAGUUAUUCAAAUAUGGAUCAAUCUAAAUUAUAUACCUAUCAAUAGGUCGUAACCAUGGGACACUAACUCCAAAAACGUAUAUUUUCGAAAAUAAUGUUUACGAUAGCAAUUUUGCAUCAGAUAAUUUUGAAAAAAUUACCACUAUAUUGUUAUAUCCUACAUAACCGCGACCUUUUAUAGAUUUGUAGAACUUAUAUAGGUUACUCUGUCAGCAAAAUAUCGUGAAUACAGUUUUUCAUAAUUUCGCAAUGGACAGAAGUAAUAGAAUUGUUGGGUUUUUAAGACCCAACUUACUUGAUAUCACGUUUAAAAUGCCUAAAAUUGAAGAACAUCGCGAAACAUGCCGUUUUUCGACUGUUGGUGUUUUUUUGGGUAAAAAUGCAUGGUUUUGUUAGCGGAUCUGAAAAGAGUGCAAGAAAGCACUGAUAUACGGUGAAUUUUUAAGUUUGCCAAGUUUUAAUUAGCUAACCAAACUUUCGAAAAAGGAUUUCAAAUUUUCUCUCUCAAAACUAAGCUCUCCACAAAUCCAUAAAAAUUCCGGGAUGUAGCAUCGAUUUUUUAAUUUUUUACGAAACUUUGCGCCCGUAAAAAUUAUUUUAAAAAAAAACACGUUUUUGAGAUUAGAGACUCCUAAGGGCGGCCUAUUGAUCUGAAAAUUUAUAUAGCCUUUGUACAUACAAAACUAAAUGACAGAACUUAAGAUACAACAGUCAUCCUAUUCAUAUCUGGUAGCCAUCUAUAGACAGCCACUGAAUACUACAUAGUAUAUAAUAUUGACUGUGAUAUUCUUUAUUUUAUAAUAUUUCUGCAUAGAAAGGUAUUCUAGAGUUGCGGGCCAAAUUCUACAGAGAAUUUUUUUACUUUGAAGCAGCCGCGCAGGCAGAAGCCUAAAAAAGAGAAUUUUAAACCGCCUAAAGUUAAUAGAAUGACAAUAAUUUUAAGAAAAAUGUGUAUUUUUAUAAUGUAAGAUUUCACGCAGUAUUGAUUACUGCGUAUAUAUUUAUCCGCUGUAGAUAGUUAACUUUUUGUACAUUAGCUACCUGAAUAUUUUAUGUUA